GAAUAGGAGCAGCGAGUGGAAAAAACUACCCAUACGCCAUAGAGCUCCUACUCUGAAACCCUCAAGAACCUUCCCCACUCUCUCAUCUCUCUCAAGUCUCAACCCAAUAAUAUAACCCCCUCUCGCUCUCUCAAACCCAAAUUCUCUCUCUCUCUCUCUCUCUCUGUGUCUCAGUAAGCGGAGCACAAUGAGCAGCGGUCAUCCUCCUGGUCUGCAUCAACCUGGCCUGUCAGAGGAAAGUCCAAGCUACGAGCUGAGCGGGAGGAUAAUGCUGACCGCGAUAGUGAUACUCUUCUUCGUGGUCAUCCUCAUGGUCUGCCUCCACCUCUACGCGCGCUGGUACCUCGUCCGCGCGCGCCGCCGCCAAAUCCGACGCCACCGACGCCGCACCAACCUCGUCUUUUACAUGGACUCUGCCAACCCCGACUCGGCCGCCACCGGCACAGCUCCCACGCGCGGCCUCGACGCGUCCGUCCUCAAGUCCAUCCCGAUCUUCGUCUACUCCUCCAAGACCCACCCGGACCCGACUCCGGAGUGCGCCGUUUGCCUCUCCGAAUUCGAAGAGAACGAAACGGGUCGGACCCUCCCCAAGUGCCGCCACAGCUUCCACAUCGAGUGCAUCGACAUGUGGUUCCACUCCCACUCCACUUGCCCGCUCUGCCGGACCCAGGUCGAACCCUGCUCAGCACCCGAAAAUCCGGCUGAAUUUGUUAUCUCGGUGGUCGACCCGGCGGCAAACGAACCGGGUUCGAGUUCCGGGCUUUGCUCGGACUGUGAACACGAGGAGGGACAAGUGGGUCCGGCCUCGUCGUCGAUCGCGGCCAGAAGGAAGCCCAUCGAGCUCGCGGGCGUGUCCAUAGAGGUCCCGAGACGGAACGAGAACUUCAGGGACGAGUCUGACUCGCCGGCAGGUCAGAGCGGGUUCAGGUCGCCGAUGAGUCGCAUGUUGUCAUUUACUAGGAUUCUCAGCAGAGACAGACGAGCGAGCACGUCGCCGACCUCGGAUAUUGAGCAAGGAAAUGACGAGACUCGGCAAACUCAGGUAGACCCGGGGCGACUCAGUAUGUUAAAGUGAGUUGACUCGGGCGCUUUGAUCUCUUCGAGGUUUGAGGAAAAGACAUUCGGUUUCGGCGACUGUCAGUCAGUAGUCUCUUGUCUCUAGGUUAUUGGUGGGGAUUUUUGGACGUACACGUGGCGAUAUUCUAUUUACUCUAGAUUUCCCUCGCAGCCUUGGGUUGACUGGGAAUGUUUGACCAGUGUAUAUAUAGUUACCACUAUAUUGUUUUUACCACUUACAAUCGCAUUUGAUUGAUAUUUUCUUUCUUUUCUUAUUUCUCGGAAAAUAAUUGAAGAUCUUCUACCCGUUAAUACUGGGUGUUUUACGUCA